CAGUAAUCAUUGAUUGGAUCAACGAUGAAGUUCUUUGUGCUGUUCGCAAUUCUGCUGUUUGCUCUGGCGGCCGUUCAGGCAGCUCCACAACGCCAUAGCGGCCGUGGAGGCGGUGGCGGCGGUGGCCAAUCGAGCGCCGUUGCCAAUGCUAGUGCUGAUGCUUCUACCCAGGGCAAUGGAAGUGCAUCGGCCAAUGCCCAAGCGAGUGCCAGUGCCAACAACAGCGGUGUCAAUCACCGCUACUCAGGAUAAAUAACACAGCAGCUACACUUGAAACGAACCACGCCUCAAAAGCAGUACUGUCUAAAAAAUAUUGAAUAAAAUAAAUUUUAAUUUAA